AUGGCUACAGCUCGCGAUGACAGAGAUGAAGAAGAAAGCCUACGAGCCAAAAUAACUGAAUAUUUUGUCAGCUGUCCAUUAUGCCUUGAGGAGUACAAAGACCCGACAGAUUUACCAUGUAAGCACACAUUUUGUAAAGGUUGUCUGAAGACUUAUAUAUCUGACUUAACAUCAGGAAGUAAAUUCCGAUGCCCUGUGUGUCAGAAAGAGACUGAAGUUCCUAAAGAUGGCCUUGAGGGCUUCACUCACAAUUUCUUCAUUGAAAGCUUGCAGGACACUGUACUUCAGUCAACACAUAAGAAAAAGUGCAGCUCUGGUGUUUUGUUGUCCCAAACCGAAACAGUGGCUACUUCAAAAUGUAUCACCUGCCAUGACUACCUAUGUGAGAAGUUUUCUUCUUUCCACUGUGGUAGCAGACUCACUAAAGAUCACAGGGUACUCACUUUUCAACAACUUCACAGCAGUGAGUAUCAAAAAGAAAUCCAAGAGCAGCAGAAGAUUAUCUGCCCACAGCACAAAGGUGAGAUGAUACGAUACUUUUGUUCAGAUUGCAAUGUCCCCAUUUGUCGUGACUGCAAAGAUCUACACCAUGAUGGUCACAAACUUAUCUCCCUUGAAAAAGCUGCAGAGAUGGAGCUUCAUCAAACCACCAGCACUCACAGAAAUAAUUUACAAAUUUCCCGCAAAAACUGCAGUGCUACUUGCUCCUCUAUCAAAACCACAACAGAUGUAGUAAAGAACAUCCUUCAACGUGGUGCCCCCAUAGAUGUCCUCAUGUUACAACACCAACAUGGACAGAGACUAGAUGAGCUACAGUCCACUUCAGCUGUGGAUGAUAUUCCAGAGGAACUAAAACUAACACUCACCACCAACAGAGAAAUGGACCAAGAGAUAUCCAGUGGGGCUGGCCUGGGGAAUGUGCAGAUAUCUAGACAACCAGCUUUGCCCAAGAUCAAACCACAGGCUGUAUGUAUGCUGGAGUUUUACACUGGCUGUAGGGUGCCAGGGGACAUUUCAGUGAGUCCAAACAGGGAGUAUGUUACUACCCAUGGUUGGAAGAACAAGGUCAAGGUUUUUAGUUCAGAUGGUACAUCAAGGCAAGAGAUCACAAGUGUCUCACACACACAACUGAAAUGGCCAGAAGGGAUCUGUCACUUCCCUGAUGGAAGAAUGGUUCUAUCUGAUGUCAACAAUAACAAACUGUUCAUCCUGUCACCACAGUGGGAAGUACAGCAAACUGUUGAUGUCACUGACCCAUGUGGUGUGGCUCUCAAUAAUAACUGCACUACGAUUGCUGUGGCACAGGGUUACAUAGAAAAGUCUGUGGGUGUGUUCAGUAUUGACAUCAAAGGGAAAAUAACUUUAACUGAUGUGACAAAGAACAAAGAUGGGGAGCAGUUGUUCAAUGAACCAUAUAACGUGGCAUAUAUGAACAAUGGGUGCCUUGUUGUUAGUGAUGAAACACCAAACAAACUUCACAUCCUAACCCCAUCUGGUGACCCACUGUAUCAGUACACAGGACCUGAUAACAAGUUAGGUCAACCCCUUGGUGUCUGUGUUGACGCAUAUGACAACAUACUGGUCACAGACUGUGAUAACCACUGCAUACACCUUGUAUCCCCAGAUGGGAAGUUCAUCCAGUACAUAGCAACCAGAGCUGAUGGACUUUAUUACCCAUGGGGAUGUACCAUCAACCAGGAUGGAGAUCUGGUGGUGACUCAAUGGAAUGGGAAAGUGAAAGCAUUUCAAUACUUGGAAAAAUGA